UGAGAGGAGGCGGUAACGUAGAAGUCAUCUCUGCAAGCGUGAAAGGAAGGAGUGCGCGGCUGAGCCGGAUGCUUUCGGAUUUUGCUUUUACCAGGAGAAAAGUCAGAUCCACGGUUCUGCUGACCGCCUGCGACAGUGUAAAGAGGCGCGGAGCUCCUGGUUCCAGCGUUGCGUGGCCUGCGGCUUACUUUUGGGAUACUUAUCAAGGGUCUACUGUGUGCCAGGCACUAUAUCUGUGUGCAUAGAAAAACCCCUGGAGCUCAUGCUCCAAUAUAUAUGUACAGUGAUCAUCUCUGCUUGCUGAGAUAACAGGAGUGUCAACCUGAUAUUUUUGCUGCUAUCCACUUGUAAAUACACUCAGAAAAAGAGAAUUUGGACCCAGUUUUUGACGACAGGUAGUUUCUAAACAUGAUGCAUUUCAAAAGUGGACUCGAAUUAACUGAGUUGCAAAACAUGACGGUACCCGAAGAUGAUAACAUUAGCAAUGACUCCAAUGAUUUCACUGAAGUAGAGAAUGGUCAGAUAAACAGCAAGUUUAUUUCCGAUCGUGAAAGUAGAAGAAGUCUCACGAACAGCCACUUGGAAAAAAAGAAAUGUGAUGACUAUAUUCCAGGAACGACCUCCUUGGGCAUGUCUGUUUUUAACCUAAGCAACGCCAUUAUGGGCAGUGGGAUUUUAGGACUCGCCUUUGCCCUGGCAAACACUGGAAUCCUACUUUUUCUGGUACUUUUGACUUCAGUAACACUGCUGUCUAUAUAUUCAAUCAACCUGCUGUUGAUCUGUUCAAAGGAAACAGGCUGCAUGGUUUAUGAAAAGCUGGGAGAACAGGUCUUUGGCACCACAGGGAAACUCGUCAUCUUUGGAGCCACCUCCCUACAGAACACUGGAGCAAUGCUGAGCUACCUCUUCAUAGUAAAAAAUGAGCUACCUUCUGCCAUAAAGUUUCUAAUGGGAAAGGAAGAGGAAUUUUCAGCCUGGUACGUGGAUGGCCGCCUUCUGGUGGUGGUAGUUACCUUUGGCAUAAUUCUCCCUCUGUGUCUCUUGAAGAACUUAGGUUAUCUUGGCUAUACUAGUGGAUUUUCCUUGAGCUGUAUGGUUUUUUUCCUAAUUGUGGUUAUCUACAAGAAAUUUCAAAUUCCCUGUUUUGUUCCAGAGCUAAAUUCAACAAGUCCUAAUUCAACAAAUGCAGACAUGUGUACACCAAAAUAUGUUACCUUCAAUUCAAAGACCGUGUAUGCUUUACCAACAAUUGCAUUCGCUUUCGUCUGCCACCCGUCGGUCCUGCCAAUUUACAGUGAGCUUAAAGAUCGAUCACAGAAAAAGAUGCAGAUGGUUUCAAAUAUCUCCUUUUUCGCCAUGUUUGUUAUGUAUUUCUUGACUGCCAUUUUUGGCUACUUGACAUUCUAUGAAAGAGUGCAGCCCGACCUCCUCCACAAGUAUCAGAGUAAGGACGACCUCCUUAUCCUGACGGUACGGCUGGCAGUCAUCGUGGCCGUCAUCCUCACCGUGCCCGUGUUAUUUUUCACGGUUCGAUCUUCCUUAUUUGAACUGGCUAAGAAAACAAAGUUUAAUUUAUGUCGUCAUGUCUUGGUGACCUUCAUACUCCUGGUUAUUAUCAACUUGUUGGUGAUCUUCAUACCCUCCAUGAAGGAUAUUUUUGGAGUCGUUGGUGUUACAUCUGCCAAUAUGCUUAUUUUCAUUCUUCCUUCAUCUCUUUAUUUAAAAAUCACAAGUCAAGAUGGAGAUAAGGGAACUCAACGAAUUUGGGCUGCCCUUUUCUUGGGUCUGGGGGUGUUGUUUUCCCUGGUAAGCAUUCCCUUGGUCAUCUACGACUGGGCCUACUCAUCAAAUGGCCACUGAGACCAGCUGAGAAAAAGAAGCAGUCAAGUUACCGUGCAUCAGCAACCCUUCAUCACUUCCUUUGCAAGUUUACAGAAGCAAACAGGAAUUUACAAGAUACACAAUGAAAUAACACUUUGGUAGCAAAACAAGAGACCUGUUUCUUUCAUGGUUCUUGCCCCUCCAGGAUUGGGGAUCAAUUUUAAGGAUUGUGGAUUUUUUUGGUUCCAAAUUUCAUGCAAAAUCAUAUUUUCCAGUACUUUUCACAGUUGAUUGUUUUUCACUCUACUAUUUUUUUGUGAUUUCAUCGUCUCUUAGAACUUUGAAGACAUGAUCACCCAUCGUGUUUAUUUAUUGUACAUCCAGAUUCUGAAAUAAUUUUCCUACUGAUGUUCAGCUUAUAAUAUCUGUACCUUUUUAGCAGAGAAAAGAAUCUUGAAUUGUAUAUAUUUAUUUUGCUUUACAGAAAAAAAAUGGUUUCGUAAAUAAUUUGCCUAUUUUGGUUAAUAUAGCACAUAGGGAUAAUCAGAUGAGAGUCACAGGGCACAUACCCUUGUUGGAUCAGAGAAUGCCCAAUAUUUGAGGCAGCUCUGAUCACCUGGCAGGCGAGCUUCAGCAGCUCGUGGCCUCGCUGGCAUUCCAUCCACUCUGUGCAGAGACCUUCUCUGCUCAGCUCAGAAAGGGGUGGGAAUGAUUCUUACCUUGGUAAAUAUACUGAACUACACAUCUGGGUUAUCUAGCAAAUGAAGUUUUGUUUCCCUCUUUGUGUCAAAGUUACUCUACAUAAUCUGAGUCAGCUUUUGUUGGGAAAGACCCACAACACCUUUAUAACAAAUUGAGAAGCAAGAGUCCUACAAAAAGAUUGUCCAAAAUGCAUGAGGAAAUGUUUUUCAGAUGCAGAUAGCCUUCAGCCCUACAUCUGUAUUGUUGAAGGGGGAAAAACAUUUUCUUAAAUUAUAAACCCAGCAGCUUCUACUCAUGUCCAUGAGCUUUUUGCACAGAAAAUCAUGUGUUUCUAACCAAGGGUGAUCUAGGGAAAGUAAGUCCUGUUUUAUAUUAGGUACUUUAGGGGGGGUCUUUAAAAGAUUUGUUUUAUAUCUAUGAAAGUGAAAGUGUUAGUUGCUCCGUUAUGUCCACCUUUUUGCAACCUCAUGGACUGUAGCCCACCAGGCUCCUCUUUCCAUGGACUUCUCCAGGCAAAAAUACUGGAGUGGGUAGCCAUUCCCUUCUCAAGGGGAUCUUCCCGACCCAGGGAUCGAACUGGUGUCUACUGCAUUGCAGGCAGAUUCUUUACUGUCUGAGCCACCAAGCGAACCCAAUCCGCCUGCAGUGCAGAAGACCCUGGUUCCAUCUCUGGGUUGGGAAGAUCCCCUGGAGAAGGGAAUGGCUACCCACUCCAGUAUUCUUCCCUGGGGAAGUCCAUGGACAGAGGAGUCUGGCAGACUAUAGUCCAUGAGGUUGCAAAGAGGUGAACACAACUGAGCGACUAACACUUUGUAUCUAUAAAUUUAGGUUAUUGCAAAUACAAGAUUUUUGUACCUUAAAUAAGCCUCAUUCCUAUUUCUUCUCCACUAGCCAUCCAUCCAGUCUUGAAAAAAGAGAAAGAGCCUUCAGAGGUGAUUUUGAGGACAGCGUGUGAUGAAAGCACGGUGUACCCUUCUCCCCCAAGAUGGGGACUUUGGUGUCAGUGCUGUCCCUCUCCUCAUCCCUGGUCAAGGGUGGGCCGUCACUGCCCACCUGAUGUGACCCACAUCGGGACAGAGUCGCUGACACUCUUACCCCAGCCCCUCUCCUAAAAGCAAGUGAAGGAAAUUCCGGAGAGAUUGAAAAAGAAGAGAAGUUCGGGGCACGGUAGCUUGAAAAGGCAUUGGGGACAGGAUAGGAACCCAGCACCACAUCCCCCCUAUGCUGGACCAUCACCUGUGCUUGGAUUGUCUGUAUCACACAAUGAGAAGCAUGUGUACCCUGUGACCUAGUCUCUUGAAACAGGGCUUGUGUUAUAUCUACAUCCUGGUUGAACUCAACAAACACGUCAGUUCACUGAACAGAUAUCUUAUCCAGAGAUAAGUAGCCUCUAACCACAGACUCUUGGCAGAGUUUCGAGGCACUUAACUCUGGGCUCUGUUCCUCCCGCACUGAGAUCCCCGGAGGCCUCCACACUUACCGGGAGUAACACGGAACUGUCCCCUCCCCUUGACAGACUAACAUCCCAUACAGAAAGCAAGCAUCAAGAUCAUUCCUGAUCCUCUUGGGGGAAAAGGAAAGUUUAUUUUCUGCCUGUCUUAGUAGUAUCAUCAUAGCUUCUAAUGUCAUGCUCCAGAAUUAUAUCCACAGACAUCAGAGUUCAGGUGUUUAGAAAUGAGUACCUACCUAUGUAUGAAUUCCUAACCCAGUGAAACCCACAGCCAUUUCUGUCCUUCUCAGCAGUCUUUCAUAGAUAAGCAGAAGAGAAACUCAACCAAACAAGAUGCCUGGCCCUUGGAGCUUGGCUGGGGCACCCAAUCAUGUAAUAGCUAGCUAGUGGAUGACCCUCCAUUAAAAAAAUACAAAUUUAUUUGCAAGCUUUAUUAGGCUACUUCCUGUUUUCUUCAUUAACUUAUAAAAAUUCACUUUCUGCCUAUACAGUCAGUUUAGAAGAUUAUCAUUAGGUCUUGGGAUGUGUAGUGAUAUUUUUGGAUCUCUGGAUUUUAUGUGUCAGAACAAGGGAUUUUUUUUUAUUAUUUAAAAUAUGCUUAUUUACAGGAGGCACUUGUUGACGUCUGCACUACUACAGGUUUUUAAAAUCUUCUUUGUAUGUUUAUUUAAGUUUAUUGUUGACUGAAUAUAAUAGACCCUAGUGUAAUUUGUCAGAUGUCAGUGAUUAAUUUCAUCAUUUGUGUGGGAUUAGCUGUAAAGUGUGCUGUUCUUAUUAUUCUUGUUCAGAGUAGUGAACCCAUCGCCAAAAAUACAUGUACCACAGAUGUUAGGUAGAAUUUAAAUCACACAGUCAAGUGCUGUACAGGUUUUUCUGCUAUGUGAGUAGACUAAGGAAUUUUAUACCUCAGGCCUUUGGGAGCAGCACGUUUUCCUUGGGUAGAUAGGACCUCAGCACCAGUGAACAGUGCUAGGUUCACACUUUGGGGUAUGACCUGUUCUCUAGUUGUAAUAACAUAGCACACUGUAAAUCCCUAAUUUCCUUCAUGUUACUUAUUGGAAGUGAGGACAGCAGCAUAUGUACAGGGAAGAAAUGCAGUCUUGUUAAUCAUAGGCAGUCCCCAGUUUAUAAGCUAGUGCAGAACCCCAACUUACAGGCAGAGUAUAGUGUAGAAUUGUCCGUUGGUUGUUUGUAACCUGGAAUGUAUUUUCCUUCAGAAAUCAAGUUAUACAUUGAUGGUUAGGCCCUCAGGCCACCUAGAAAAGAUGAUCUAAACUCAUCAUUUAGCUGAAACAGGAUACUGUAUUAGCAAGAUUGCUAAGGAAUCUAAGCAAUGAAUCUGAUUUUGUUCCUAGCAGAUGUUUGUUCAGAGUUGCCGAGAAUCCGUCCCUCGUGCUGUUAGUGGAAUCUGGAUCAACCGCUCCAACCUCACACUGCCUGUUGGGUGGUGGCACCAGAGUAAGCCACCAAUUAGAAGUGCCCAGAGUGGCCUACAGCUGGGUCCCCAGCAAAGGAAGGGGACCAGGUCCAGGGCAACCAGAGACCUCACAGGAAGAGGAGGGUUAAGGAGGAUGAGGGGUCCUCCGGUGGGCCGUACAUCACCAGGGACAUUCUCCACUGCUACCCCUUCUGUUCUCUGGAGGCUCAGGCCUGGCCUGCCUGCUUCUGUUUGUAGAACCUUUUGCUCCUGGAGUUUAUCUCCUUCACUCCCACUACCAUAAAUGAUGUCACUGCAUAACUUCUCUUGCAUGCCAGUCGCUGAAGCCAGCACACAGCACUUUUAAUGGAUUUAGUGCUAGGAAACCAUAGUUUAACUGCCCAGUAGUCAAAGAGGGGUAAAAACCUCUCUACCCACCUUUCCUCUCAUAUUUGCAGACCCUGUUGAGAAAGACAUACAUGGGUGAUGGCCAUGGGGCUUGGGGUGGACUAAUGGCUGUGAUAAGGUGUCAUAGUAUUUCAGAGGACACCUCAGACAGUCACCCCAGAAUUAGCUUUUGUCUAGAGUUGGAUUCAAGCCUCCAAGUCAGUGUUCCUCAAAGUGGGGAUCCCCAGAUCAGCAGCAUCAGCAUCACCUGGGAACUCGAUGGGAUGCACGUACUUAGGCCUCAGUCCAGACCAAAUAAGAUCAGAAACUAUGAGGGUGGAGGUCCAGCAAACUGCUCAAUGAUCUUGGCACAGGUCAAGUUAGAGACCCACACGGAGCAAAUUCGUCUCUCCUUUUUCUCCCCACUAGUCCUAUCUGUCAUUCUCAGAUGGUGAUUCCUGGGACUUGAGGGAGAAGAAGUGGGAGCCAGGACUUAGGGAGGGGAGGAAUGCAGCCGCCUUCCCACUGGAAAUGCGGGUACAGGUGCAUCGUUGCAAAUAAGGCUGCCUGCACGUGGCCUGAGACACAGUAAGGCUACGGUUUUGGCAGCUGUGAAGAAAUGAAAAUGAGGUGUUUUAGGUGUUGUUUUUUUUUUCUUUUUUGAAAGCAAUUAAAAGAUAUACCCUUUGUUAGAGGAAAUUCUGAAUUUAGGUCAGAAGUUUCUCUAGAAUGUUUGGGUUCAUCAUGUGAUGAUCAAUCCUGUCCUCCCUUUAAAGGGAGUUCUCUGCUGAAAGGGGCUACAGACUGCUUUGACAAGGUUAGCGCUCCACUUGUGUUUCAGCGGGUCAGAGUGCUGGACGGCACAUCUUGUUGGGUCGGGGGUGGGGAGGAGAUUGAUGAAAUGAUCAGGUAUUUGAUUUUAUGCCUUUAGUGCAAAAGCCAUCAGUUUCCCUCUGUUUUUCAAUGUAAGUUGGCUUGAGGCUUAGGCUGUAAACCUUAAGAAUAUGAUUCCUCCAUUCCAGUUCAUGGUAAACUUCUACCCACUUUCAAAAUAAAGAUUGAGAUUAUAUCAUUUAAGGAUGUUAAUGUUUUCCUUAGGGAUGGCAAAUCUAAGAAUCUUUUAGCAACAGAACACCAUUCCUCUAAAAUACAGUGAAUUAUUUAUAAUGAUCUAAGGUUUUCAGAUGAAAAAUUGGGGACGGGGUGGCUGACAGCUGAAAAAUACCACUAAAUCUUAAAGGGAAAGUUCUUGAAAAGCAUGUAAAAUUCACAGGGCUCAGACCUCUUUCUUUAGAGUUUUCUGUAAGGAAGAACUGUGAAACUGGGCCCAUGUGCAUACAGGCUUGAAUUUGUGUUUUUAAAAGGAAGAAUCUAUGCAGUUGAGGCUUAUUGUAGGAAAUACUUCAUUUGUAUGUAAAUACAUUGUAAAUAAAUAGGAGGCUGUAUAUUUUUGAAGUUGUUGAUCCACAUUGAAAUAGAAGUCACUAGUAUCUGCAUAUCAAGAAUAAAUGUCUUCAUUAAUAUUAGUGGUUUUGUUUGGCAAUUAGAAAAAUUUACAUUCUCUCCCAGGUAACAUAGUUCUCUUAAUGUAAACUUGGAACCUACAAAUCUUACUUGUUUAGAGAGAGAAAUGUCUGAGAAAUGUUACGUUGAUUUCUUAUACUGGUAUUAAGAUUAAUUAUUUCAAAGCUAGUUCUCUGAGCUACAAAUAAGAAGAAACAUUUUAGACCCAAAUUAUUGCUAUAUAGAAAUAGAAUACCCAAAAUAAUGAGUUGUUUCUUCGCAAUACUGUUCCAGCGUUAACACUGAUACUACUACACAGUAUUUAUGAAAACAGAAGUUGGGGAAGAGGAAUUUUUUUUUUUUCCAAAAUUGAAUUUCUGUUUCCCAAACUUUGGUCUCUUUGAAAGGGAAAGACCUGAAUCUUAGACCUGAAUAUUAACUGUGAGCACAAAUAUGAAAGAAAGAAAAAAGGAACUAUUAUUUUAUCAAACUUUGGAAAGUCUUGCAUGUUUCCCUUUUCAGUGUCCACGCCAACAUAGGAUGUCUUAAGUAAUUUUUGCCCCAAAAACACUUGAAUCUUGAUCACUGGUAUGUAAUCUACUCUCUAGAGUUCAGUGUAUUCUAGACUUCAUCUACCUAUAGCACACCACUGAUUUACUAAUGUAAAACCUUGUCAAUGAUUUCAGAUGGAUGAUUUAAGUGAGUCACCCGUCACAAAACUUUGUCAUUCAUGGUUGAUUAAACACAUAGGUUUUUUUCCCCCCACCCCAGGAUGUGGUGUAAAUAAAGACAUGUAAGAAGUUCUAUUGUAUAAUUGCUCUGUUAACAUAGUUUUUAAACAUUAAAAUGUGGAAUAAAGCA